GGGAUAAAGCCUAAAAUAAAAUAAUAAACCUUUUUUUAGGGAGUCAUUGCUUCUUCAUCUGCAUAGAAGAAAUUCGCACGCAUUUGCGUGUUGGACUCAUCAACGAAUUAUGCAUCCCUUUAAAUCUCUUGCGGCGAGGAAGAAGAAUUGCUGUAGAUUUGAGAUUUCCUUGGGAACCAUUCUUGUCGAUGGUUUGGUGUUCAUGAGAAGGAAAGUGAAGCAGAAGCCAAGCUGGGAAAGGCCGGUGAGCUGUCGGGAAUAUUAGAUUGCAUAAAUGAGGUCACCGCAGCGAUCGCGGCGGCAGCUUCAUCAUCGUCGUCGGUGGAGAUGAGCGAGUCGGCGUACAGAGUCGAUACCAUUUCCAGGCUUGCUCAAUGGCGGAUCGAAGCCCUUUCUUCUUGUACAUAUCGCAAGUCUGACCCCUUCAAGAUCGGCCUCUGGAACUGGUACUUGACUGUGGAGAGAAAUAAACAAUUGUUUGUGAAACUGUACCCUGAAGCAUCAAGUGUGGCAAGGGUGCAGCCACCGAUUGCCUCCUUUAUCAUCAAACUUGUGUCUUGUUCUGCUCCUAUCCGAAAAGCCCUUGCUCAUCCAGGAGUUUGUGACAAACAACUAAAAAACAAUGAAGAUUUUAUCUGGGCAGUAGACACAACAUUUGUGGGAAAGUUUAUCAUCGACGUGGAAUUCCUAGAUCUCAAGAUUGUGCCCCAACCUGGUCGAGAGCCCUCAUCCAUCUGGUCCGGUUACUUCAACAAAGAACAUUCUCUCUCCACUGCCCUAAGCUCCCUUGCCAGAAUGCUAACUGAAAGCAUUCGCACUGAUAUCACCAUCAAUUCUAGCAGUGGCAGCAUUGGCGCACACAGGGCUGUACUGGCCACAAGGUCCCCUGUCUUCCUGAGCAUGUUCUCCCACAAUCUCCAAGAGAAUGAGCUUUCUACUGUGAACAUCUCUGACAUGUCAUUUGAGGCUUGCCAAGCCUUUCUCAACUACAUCUAUGGCAACUUCCAACCUGAUGAGUUUCUAACUCACCGUAUAGCUCUUCUCAGAGCUGCAGACAAAUAUGACAUCUCUGAUCUGAAGGAGGCUUGUCAUGAUAGUCUCUUAGAAGAUAUUGACGCCAUGAACGUGCUUGAGAGACUUCAGACGGCUCAUCUGUACAGACUUCCAAGGCUGAAGACUGGUUGCUUGAGGUAUCUGGUGAACUUUGGGAAGAUUAUUGAGAUCCAUGAUGACUUCAAUUUGUUUCUGCAGAGUGCAGAUAGGGAGCUCAUAGCUGAAAUCUUUCAUAAAAUUCUGGCUGCAUAGAGGGCUUCUAUGGCUAAAGUUUCGUUUGGGAUAACUUUCUUAUUGCUUUCUUAAACAGCUUUUUAGUACAAAUAUUUCUUCAACUAAAAAAUUUUGUACUAAAAAUCUGCUUCAGAAAACAAUAAGAAAGCCGUCCCAAACAAAGCCUAAAUCUCGCAUCAUUUGCUGGACUGUUAGCGUGUGGCGUUUGGUUUUACUGAUGAUUGUUUGAUGUAUAUAUGGGUUAGUGGAAACAGACGAUACAAAGAUACUGUACAGGAUUACAUUCCAUUGCAGUGCAUUCUUUGAUUCUGGAUGUCAAAUAUAUUAAACUUUUAAUGAAAAUUGCUUUGGUACAUGACUCA